AGCCAUGUGACCGAGAUGUCGGAAAAGAAAGAAACAGGAAGUGUGCAGAGUCUGGAAAGGCAGCAGCGUGUUGUACUAUUUGGGAUAAAAAAAAAGAUAUGGGUUUUUGUACGAAAUUUGCAUUUAUAGUAUCGUGUCUAUUUGUAGGAUGGGCGACUAUUCAAAUUACAGUUGUUAAAUGCUCUGUUUACCCACCGGAGAUGAGUGGCGAAGGUGCACUAAAGCUUCCCACACCAGUCAUUCCCAUGUCACCUGUUUUCCAAGCGAACAGUUUGGGAUUUUUCUACUCUCUCAGUCUUUCAUCUAACUUUCCAGAGGACUUGGAGGUUAACGAACAUUGCAUUAAACUGUUCCGCAUCUUUGGUGAACGCUACGUGAUUUAUGCGAACUGUCUUGUGACUUAUGCACGACCCGUCAAAAUCUGUCAGAACUGUUACACUGGCUUCAACAGUCUGGAGGAAAUAUAUACAAAUAUCUCAUCUGACCAGCCGGGUCCUGGAAAUGUCAGCUGCCAUGACAGCCUGAUGCGUUCUGAUAGGCUGAUGCUGCUCUAUAACCUUUACAGCAAUUUAGAUGAGAUUUGGACAUCAGCAGGAUGCAAACAAUGUCUAAGUGGAGAUCAACAGACUCUGUCCAAUGAUACCAUUUACUUCAUGGCUACUCUGAAUAAAUCACUGACCUGCUUUGAGAAAUAUCAGGGGAACUACUCUGAAUUGUGUAAAGACUGUAAAGGCUCAUACAAAAGGUUAAACGAGCUCUAUGGCAGCAUGGAGAAAAACCAAACACUCUGCAUUGAUAUAGAGGAUGCAGUAAACAUGACACGGCAGUUAUGGAGUAAAACGUUUGGUUGCUCAUUCCCUCGUGAGGAGAUUGUGCCUGUCAUUGCAGUGUCCUGCUUCAUGCUCUUCCUUCCCAUCAUCUUCUACUUAAGCAGUUUCCUGCACUCAGAACAAAAGAAACGCAAGCUCAUACACCCCAACAGAGCCAAGUCCAGUAGUAGCCUAAUGAAUAUCCAGGACAAAUUCAGCUGAGUGGAGAAGAUGGAAAGAGGGGCCACAGACUGAAUCUUUGGCUCACCUCUUCCACUAAAGGAAAAGGCGCUUUCUGCAUGGAUAGGUGGGGUUCACUGCUUUUCUUGGACUCCAAGAUCAUCCUGGAUCAAAGACUUUACGAUGCUGCCCAGCUGCUGUGAUCACAUUCUAGCAUUCUAUUUAUGUAGAAAGUGUAAGAUUUGCACUAUUAAUAUGCCAAAUACAAGAUUUGCAGCCAUUUUUCGCUGAUGUGUUAAAAUAAAGAGCUGUAUUUCAGUGAGGAUCAAUGAUAAUUUCAAUAUUAUAAAGGAUGUUAGUAUUAUAAAUUUAUAUUUAAUGAAUGAAUGAGAGAGGGAGAUUUAUCUUUUACAUGAGACUGGUUUUGCUUCAUUUUUACUGCACUAAGAGAGCAUGUUACAUUUUAAAUUCAUUAUUUUGUUAGGUAAUGGUGAAUUCACACACACGCACAACAUGGCAAUGGUACCACUUCUGGAAGCACUCCAUGUGCAUUAGAGAAAAAUCUGGUAACAAAUACCUGAUUCAAGGUCAAAGGUAUGCCGUUAGUAGAAGAGAAAAGUAAAUGAUAAAAUAAAGGGAAAGGGAAAACAGUCAUGGAAAGGCAACAUAAGGCAUUUUUAAACACCUCAUGUGCCUGUUUACUAUAGACCUUUCAUUAUAUAAAUGGAGUACUUGUAGUCUUUCUUCACUUAUAUGGUUAGAUACUUUCAAUCAGUUAUCAUUUAAAAAACAGAAGACCAAUUAUUCAAAUAGAAUUAGACAAGGAAAAUGAAAGAAUAACUAAUAGUGUUGCAUCAGAAUAAUCAUUCAUUUGUUCAGACCAGAUGUUGCCUAUUUCUAAAAGUAUUUAAGUGUAAUAUUUAUAGAAACUCGAAUCCAUUACGUUUAUUCAUAGGAUCUGUUCAGUUUAAUACAAGAAAUAGAACUACACCUGUGAAAUUGUUUUUUACCCCAAAGCUUCCUCAUACCUCUCUUUUAAAAUAUGUUAAUUGUGGUUUACUUCUUAAGACUUUUCCUUGGUGCGAUUGACAGGCUUGUUGUUUUCAGGGUUAUGUGGACUUUCCUUGGAUUGCAAAGCGCCCAUUUCCCCUGUCAUUAGCAGCUAAUCUAAAUGUAGGAUAAAGUUACUUGGCCAAAUAAUCGUAACAACACAUCCGUUUAAGCUGCCUUGGCUUUUUGGUCUUAUGGAGGCGAGCCAUUGCCUAUCACACUGGCCGUUAAGCGCAUUUCGCUUGAUUUGUUCAAUCAUAUGAUCUAGCAGGAAGAUGUGGGAAAAAUAGCCUUUUCAUGCACGGCUUAUGAGCGCAAUGUGUAUCGAGAAUGUCAGCUUUCAUCCCUGCAAUGCCAGAUCCAUUAAGCGGUGAUGAAAGUCAUUACUCCUGACCUGACUUGAAAUUGUAGUGAGUAGGCAAAUUUUAUGGCCACAUGUUAGAGGAACUGACGCAAAACCAAAAUACCUUUAAGGCGUAUAACCCAAGCCUUAUUUUACCUGACAAGAACCUUAGAGACGAUGAGGGGAAACUGCUGGGGGAUAUGAGAUUAUGCUUCACCACGUUUUGCCCCGGCAAGAAUCAAAGCAGUGACUUUGGACCUUAAGCAAUGAGCCCGUUAUGAAAUAUCCCUCUUAGCCUGAAACUCAACAUUAUUUCAGAAAUCCACCAAACCAAGAUUUUCAGCAGAGAUAAGGCACUCGUUUUAAAAGUUGCCAUUAGGAUUUUGGAUGACCUGUCAUUAUAAAUGAGAUCAGCGUUUUCAAUUAAAUCAUUUUGUGUGUAGGUGAUUGCUAUCUGUUUGUGCUUCUUCUGAAGAACUUGCAUAAUCAAAAGUCUGAUUGUACCUUUUGUAAGGCUGUGGUUUUAUUAUGAAUAAAAUGACAUACUAAUGCUAAA